CAACUGUAAAAUGCUUUAAAGGCAAGUGGCGAUUUUAUAAACGCCGUUGUAACACACUCUCCACAGACCAGAGUCCACUUCCAAAUUCCAAUCCUCACUAAAACUACUCUCAUUUCGCUUCUGCGCUUUGUCUGAAAAAGGGCAAAAGAAAAAGCCGGCGGAAGAAAGAAUUCAGCUCUACUUUCCUCCCAGCUUUGCUAACCUCCGCCAAUUUCACUAUCAAUUACUGAAUUGAAAAUGCCAAUCAAGACUGAAUCCGCUACUCCGCCGCCGAGGAUCGGAAAGAUCGGGCCUUACACGGUGUUCGUGACGCCGAAUGAUGGGCCCAGGCGCGAAUCUCCAGCUCCGGUUCAGGCUCCCUCGCCGCCGGCGGUGAUGGCCCCGCCUGCCCAAUUCUACAAAGAAAAGCCUUCUUCUUUUGCUUUCUUCUGGGACGCUGUAGCCAGGGUUCAAAAUGCUCAUGCGAGUUUGGACGAGCAUGUGGCACACUGGUUUGGCUUGAAUCAGUCAAAAUAUCAGUGGGCAUUGGAUGAUUACUAUGAAAGCAAUGGAAAGAGUCAGAAUGAAGCGAAACCACAGGUUAAACCGAACAAAAUUCAGAAUGUGUGAUGCGCUAACAAGCAGCGAAGAGCAGAUAUCAUUUUGAGAUUAGUCAAAAUUUGGGAUACCAAAUAGCAGAUUGACCAGUGUGGGGAAAUUCUUGCAAUGUGUACUACUAGUCUACAAUAUGGCCGUUAUGCUCAUGAUCGAGCUAACCUAUCUACGCGAUAUUGUGGUGUUUACAGCAGAAGCAAAACUGUUAUAGCUUGUUUGUACUAUUAAUUUGUGUUGUAAAACAAAUACUGCUAAAAUUUGGCAAUUUUUCAAUACCAGAAGGGGUAUCAAGUGCCUGGUUUUUUGUUCA